UCAUGGUGUACGCUUGAAAUCCGUGUUGCUGUUGCCGACCAUAAAAAUCUGUUAAGUGCAAGUGGAAGUGCUGGAAGUAGCAAAUGUUAAACGCUUAGCUAACGCGAUACGGCCAGAAACGGCAGUCUAUAGAGCAGCUGAUGUAACAAAGCUCAAUAUAACGAAUAGCACUUUUUCUUAGUAGAUGCCUGCUUUUGUUCUUGGACCUUUCAGUAACAUUAGUGGAUCCGUUUUCAUUCGGAAACCGCUGCUGGACAGUUAGUUAGCUUGCUAGUGUUGUGAGCUAGUUCACGUUAUUUCUUCCCGGACACGUUUCCUCCCUUUAAAACCCCUAAAGCUGAAUGUGCUUUCUGUCAUGUGUCCGGCCGGGUGCUCUCAUGUGAAUGGUUUCAAAGUGGACAAUUGGAAGCAAAACCUCCGUGUCAUAUAUCAGUGCUUUGUGUGGACCGGCACCGCAGAAACCAGGAGACGGAAGGCAAAGUCGUGCAUCUGUCAUAUGUGUGGCGCACACCUGAACAGGCUGCAUUCGUGCCUAUACUGUGUCUUCUUCGGCUGCUUCUCCAAGAAACACAUCCACGAACACGCCAAAACCAAACGGCAUAACCUAGCUAUUGACUUGUUAUACGGCGGAAUAUACUGCUUCGUUUGCCAAGACUACAUAUACGACAAAGACAUGGAACAGAUUGCCAAAGAAGAACAGAGGAAGGCCUGGAAACUUCAAGGUGUAGGAGAAAAGUAUUCAACGUGGGAGCCCACAAAGCGGGAACUGGAGCUGCUACGCCAUAAUCCAAAGCGUAGGAAAAUUACUUCCAACUGCACCAUAGGUUUACGGGGCUUGAUCAACUUGGGCAACACAUGCUUCAUGAACUGCAUUGUGCAGGCACUUACACACACACCGCUGCUGCGUGAUUUCUUCCUGUCAGACAGGCACAAGUGUGAGAUGCAGGCCAACUCCUGCCUGGUGUGUGAGAUGUCUCAGCUCUUUCAAGAGUUCUAUUCGGGCCACCGGUCUCCUCAUAUCCCUUUCCGGCUGCUCCACCUGGUGUGGACACAUGCACGUCACCUGGCUGGCUAUGAGCAACAGGAUGCACAUGAGUUCCUCAUUGCCGCCCUGGAUGUGCUGCACCGCCACUGCAAAGACGAUGACAACGGGAAGAAAGCCAACAAUCCGAAUCACUGUAACUGCAUCAUUGACCAAAUUUUCACUGGCGGACUACAGUCAGACGUGACCUGUCAAGUUUGCCAUGGGGUUUCCACUACGAUAGACCCAUUCUGGGACAUCAGUCUGGACCUGCCUGGCUCGUCCACGCCAUUCUGGCCUUUGAGUCCGGGUGGUGACAGUGCUGUGGUUAAUGGAGAGGGUCACAUGACUGGCUCCACCACACUCACAGACUGCCUGCGUCGAUUCACUCGGCCUGAGCAUCUAGGUAGCAGUGCCAAAAUUAAAUGUGGAGGCUGUCAUAGCUAUCAGGAGUCCACCAAACAGCUGACAAUGAAGAAGCUUCCUAUAGUCGCAUGUUUUCAUCUGAAGCGCUUCGAGCAUUCAGCCAAGUUGCGUAGAAAGAUCACUACUUAUGUAUCGUUUCCAUUAGAGCUGGACAUGACACCUUUCAUGGCCUCCAGCAAAGAAAGCAGAGUAAAUGGACAGUACCAGCAAUCAGUAGACGUAUUAAACAACGACAAUAAAUACUCCCUGUUUGCUGUAGUGAAUCACCAGGGUACAUUAGAAAGUGGCCACUACACCAGUUUCAUCCGCCAGCACAAGGACCAAUGGUUUAAAUGCGACGAUGCCAUCAUUACCAAGGCCAGCAUUAAGGACGUACUGGACAGUGAAGGGUAUUUGUUAUUCUACCAUAAGCAGUUCCUCGAAUAUGAAUAGCUUUACACAUCGAUCUGCUGAAUGCGGAGUGCUUCGUUCAUCCGGUGAAAGUGGCUGAGAGGGAGAUGACACCUGCAGGAGGACACAAUUAACACAAGACUACCUGAAACUGUGACUACCCAUUGCUUCCUUCCCACAUAGGGACCAAAGCAAAAGAGACAAAAAAAAAAAAAAAAAAACAGAUUCAUGCAACACAUUCAAACCAGCACUGAGCUAACCGUUACUUGAUGUGAGAAAAGCGGUGAAGAGGAAAAAGUGCUUGACUGCUUUCUGCCUCUUCUGCCACUUUCUACACCACUGAAAAAAAGGGAGAGGGCGAAAUGAACAGAUCUGUAAAAACAGGACUAGAGGGCACAUCUCAACUUUGAAUUGUUUCGUUGUUUUUCUAGACCCCCCCCCCCCCUUUUUUUUUUUUUUUUGUUUUUUUUUUUUUUGUUUUUUGUUAUUCUGUCUUUUCCUCCCCAUGGUGCUCUCAUCCAAACUGACCAAGCAUUAGAAACCUGCUGGGGUGAGUCAGUGUCUAUUUUGCAUAUGCAUAUGAACUUGAUGCAACAAAAUGUGUUUAAAAAAAAAAGGGAAAAAAAAAAAAUGGACUAGCACAUCAAAGAAAAUAUUGCUUUUGAUUUUAUGUUUUUUUAAAGAAAUUAUUAUAAAUCUUGUUUGUGAUAUUAGUCAUGAAAUACUUUAUUAAUUCAGAAUCCAGUCUCCAUUUUUUUUUAAGCAUGGACUUGGCUGAAGCAGUAAAGUAUGUAGGUCUGAGUCAGCACUGCCAUGGAAGCAAUGCCUAGGCAAGUCUGUGCUGUUUCCAUUUUCUCUUUAUUUUUUAUAUUCAUGAGUGUAAGUGAACCUCAUUCACCUUUUUGGUUUUAGAAUUCUCUUCAACGGGUUUUUUGUUUUUUUUUUGGUUAGUGUGCAGUUGUUUCUGUCUGCUGGGUUUCCCCCAAAUGUAACGUUUAUAACUCUGUUGUGUUGGGAUCAAUUUUGGUAAGGCAUUAUAAAGCUGAUGCUGGCUCUCUGAUGAGGAGCAGAAGACCUCACCAUUUCAAGGCAAUAUUUGGCAAGACCACUACUACAGUGAUAUUUUACUGUUGUGAUCUGUGUGCCUAUGUGAUUUACCUUUGAUCAUCCCACAAAAUUUAAACCUGUAGGCCUAUGCAAGGCAGGUGUUAAAGGAAGAGUUCACUACAGUAAUUUUGACAGGCAUUUCUUGCCUCAGCUUUAUCUGUGAUUGAUAGAGGCCAUUUUCAUCACUGAGCUGUUUGGUCAAAAGCAUGCUUUAGAAACAAACUUUCACCUAGCAUUUAAAGAAAAAAAAAAAGCUCGAUGUAACAAGUGAUUACUUAAGGUUGUUUUAUAUCAGCAGCACAGCAUGACCGGUAAAGCAAAACAUCUGCACCAUACACAAGUUACAAGCAGUCAGAAAUACACAUGAAGUAUGAAAUUGCACUUUGUGCAUGCAUCAGGUUUCAAAUGUUCCAUUAGCUAUAUCAAUGUUACUAUUUUCACAAACACAAUAAAACAGUAAAAUACAACAAUUUCAUUCUCAUCUUCCUCCGUAUUCCCCAUGAUGCUGUGCUUGCUGCAUGCAAAAUGAAGUAAUUGUCGAACAGUUGUAAAUGGUCUUUUAUGUUGUAAAUGGUCCCAGUAAUGCAGUAGUGUGGUUGAUGAACAAAACAGGAACUAUUCCAGGAACCAGUGACCUGGAACAAGAAUUUGGUCCCUUACCUAAAGAUGGUAUAAAAUGUGGUCUAAUUUGAGCAUGCUCUGUAGGUGGUUACUGUAAACAUUUUACUGAAAGCUGAAUUACUGACUCUCCCUGCUGACCUAAAUGUUUCUAUGCCUCCAUCUCAGGCUGCAUACAUCCAUAGUAGUAUGGAGAGUAAGGCAUUUGAAAUGUUCCUAAUUUUAUUUUUCCACACACUACAGCACGCAUAAGCCUAUGCACUUAAAAGCAAGAAAUAGCACAUGGUGUGUAUUAUGCGGUUGUUUUCUUCCCCCCCUGACUGAGUUCCAACGCACAAGGCCUCCUGCUAAAGGGUACAUGAUAUAUCGUGGGUAAAGUUGGGCUGAGCAAUUUUGAAACCAGUUUUCAGAACACUUUCAGCUUCAAUCAAAGCUCGAAGUAGAAACUCUGCUCUCUGUAGCAACAGAGACUGUGUAAGCCAGUGGAAAAAAUAUUUACUCCUCCACCAAUCAGGACAAAUGGCUAUCUAAUCUCUAGGUAUCAUGUUUGAAUUGCUCCUCCUUCCUGCAUUAUCCAAUCGAAAGAUCCACAAUCAAGAAAGUGUUAGAAUGCAAACCGAUCAUACUAACCAACCCUAGAGCAGGAGCUGUGAACUGUUGGAAUUACACAAGGGGCUGCCUCCAGCAGUAUUCUCUGUGGCAUCGUGCCUUGUGCACACUGGUGCCUCUGCACACAAACCCAGUGCUGCUCUUUUAAAAUCCGUAUGCUGUUUCCAUGUGGAGCUAAAGAUGGAAUAUAACGCGCCAGUAUAUUUGUGUGUCUGUGUGAUUUUAUCAUUACUUGUCAUCAAAAUCGAUCAUUUGUAAAGGUUGCAUGGCUUACGCCAAAUCAGCAGUCGCAAUUGGCACGUGGUAAUACCACAUUGAAGACUUCAAAAUAUAACUGGUGUGCUUAUAUUUGAAAAAUGUAUUAGAUGAUUCUUAGCCAGUUCAUUUGGUUUGCUGCAGAAUUUCUUUUCCCUUUUUAUGCCAGAACUAAACGGGGUGAAGAUAAACGAUUGUGGCUUGUAUGGAGUCUCACUAUGGCCAUUUGGUCGUUCAGGGAAACAGAAGUAUUUAACUGAUUAAAACCCAACUGGAACUGUG